UUCAAAUCAUAAUAUGUCUCAAAACUUCACACAUGACUUUUAAUCCGUUUGAUUUAAAAAUUUUAGGAAAAUCACAUUUGAAAACCCGAAACUUCGUAAGAUUUCGGUAAACUAAAUUAUGAAGUGUCUGAAACCUUUCCCUGGAAGUUAGCUGCCAAUGAAAUAUACGUUAUAAAGUGCUGUGAUAAUUGUUACAAACUUUGACUUUGUUAUAUUGUUGUGUGAGAACCAUUCCAAGUGUAAUUGAAAUUUUCGGAAUCGAAUCAGGAAUUAAUAUGAGUUCUUCGAAUUCAGAUUUUGAUGGAUUUGGGGGUCCAGAACCCAAAUAUUUCAGAGGAAGAAACGCUAAGAUGUCGACAGAUAUUCGCUCAAAAGUUAGUACAACUUCUAGGAAUUCAUCAGUAUUGAGUACAAACAGUGGACCAGAAUCUAAAUAUUAUAAAAUGAAAAAACUAGUUAUCGCUAUUAAAGAAUAUUUACAGAAUAGUACUGAAGAAAUAGGUAGUUUAGUUAACAGAUAUUUACAAGCACUGAGUGUAACGAUAGAUCUGAGUAUAUUCGAUCCACACACGAAUAUUGCUUCAGAAUUUUUUGUUAGUUUGUAUGAGCUUAUGAAUAAAAUAGAACCAAGAUCUCCUUUCACAUGGCACUGUGUCGAUGUCCUAAGUAAUGUUUGUAGAAACUCAGCUGCUAGAUCAGCUUUGAUACAUACCUACCAGUUCCUACCAUCACUUUCAAGGGUGUUGGGAGACCAAAUCUCCACAGAAAAAAAAAUAAGACUUCUCAAACUCAUGCAGGAUCUCACUUGUGGUAUUAAAAUAUCUUGGCAAAUACCUCAUUUACCCCACCUAAUGAUAACGUUAGCCAAAUGGGUUGAAAAUCAGGAUGCGGAAAUAGUGGCUCUCUCACUUGGUGUCAUUGUGAAUUUGUGUUAUAAAAAUUUACCAGCAAUUUAUACACUCACCUCUAAUGUAGAUAUGAAGAAAUUAAUGAAAAUAUGUCUCAAGAUGAAGGGUCCGAUUGCUGAAGCUCAUGCUUGUAAGCUAUUAAUAAUUUGCGAUCACAUUAAUGAAAUGGGUCCGACAAGAGUAUUGUUGAAACUAGUUGGGAUAACCUUCACAUCGAUGAAAAAAGCUUUUGAAUGUCGAGACCACAUUGUUUUAAGGCAACUGGUUGAGUUUUAUAUAGAUGUGGAAAAACAGAAUCAUGACCAGCAAAACGACGAGCUCAAUGAGAUUUACGAGAGGGAGUUCCGGGAUCUUCUAGGGGUGUUGGAAAGAACCAUAGCUUCCACUAACACCGAAGAAGGUCAGGGCGAUAUUUACAACCUGGGAGAAUGCAUAGCACUGUUCUUCCAAUUCAUACACCACCUAGUAGAAACCGAUAUGCGUUGUCUGAAACAGUUCUACCCCAAAUUCAUACAGAUGAGUUUGAAUUGGGUCCAAAGCGACGUGGUCUCCCCUCAAUCCAUAGCAAUCUUGAAGGCUAUAGCUAUAAGAACGUCUCUCGAAGAUACAGACAUUCUGAAACCGAUUGGGAUCAGUCUGCCGGUGUUUCUGCUGUGUUUGGAGUCCGGAAGUCAGGAUGACGAACCCUCGAACACUCAGCAUAAUAAGAAAAUCGCGGCCCUGUUGGAAUUGUUGAGGGUGCUGAUGAAAGUGGACCACUUGAAGUCGAAAAUCCUGAUCGAAAUAAAGGAAGAAACCAUAUGCAAAGUGUUUUAUCCCCUUCUCGGUGAUGAUUCCCCACGGGUCAGGGCCACUUGCUCCGAAGAAGCUGUUGGCUUGUAUACUCAUGCCGUUGCCUUAGUGAAUGAGCUAGCCAAAAAUUGUGCCAACUGGGUGUCCAUAAGAGAGAAUUUAUUGCAACAGAGGCAAAUACAUUACAUAAUUUCGCAAGCUUUGUACUGCGGUUCCAAAGAAAUCAAGGGGCUCAUCUUGGAAAUGGCCAGUCUUCCCGGUUUUCCCAAUCACAACGUCGCAGAAGCCAUGAGUUCCAUGCAGAAUCUGGUGUUUCUGACCUCACCGCCCCCCGCCAAAAACAGCCUGAUCAUGAACGAGAUAUCCACUCCAGUUCUGUCGGUUACGCAGGUAGAAAAGUUGGACAGUCUCAUGAUCAAACUGAAGGACAUGAUAGCCAAUAGAAAUUUUGUGGACAUCUCUACGUCAGACGUUAUGGAACUGUACGAGUAUAAGUUGGCAUCGAUGGGACACGCGGAGAGAGCUGCCAUGGCCAGCGUUGAGGCUGCUUCGGAAAGGUGCACACACCUCCAGCACAGGAUGGCCCAGUUAACGGCAGAAAUGAACAGUCUUCACCAGCUGCUGUUUCAUACUCAGCAGAGACGAGAGGAGUUGGUCAAGACAAAGAAAGAACUGGAGGAAGCCGUUCAGAUGUGGACGAAUUCUUUCGAAGCGGAGAAGGGACGGUGCAAAGCGGUGCAGAGCAGGCUGGCCCAAGAAGAGAAGAAGACUGCCAAACUGCAAGAAGAACUGGACGACACUUGCAAGAAAUUAACAGAAGUUGUGGCCUCUAAAGAUCAGUUGGAGGAACAGCAGACCAAGCUUAAACAUCUGGUGUCGAAGUUAGAAGAGAAUUGUUCGAGGUUGGAGAAGAAUCUGUUGAAGAAAGAGGAGGCUUUGAAGAAGUCCACUUCUCAAAACGAAGAUUUGAAAAUGCGAUUGGGUGAUUUGGAGCAGCAACUGAUGCAGAAGAACGAGAUUUUGGAGAAUAAAAACGAGGAGCUUCACGAGGCCUUGGAAGAUCUGAAGGUUACGAAGCAGAUAAUCGAUACCAUCACGAAGGUUGCACAACAGCGUAAAUGAGACUGAGAUUUAAGCCUGGUUUGUUAAUAUUUGUAUAUUUCAAUUCUCAUUCCGGAAAUUUUAUUUUUGACUAUUUAUAGAUAUUGUAUUUUUAUUUUACAAUGAUGAAAUAAUAAUAACAAUUUUUUACA